GGCUUGGGCGGUUGUCUUGGAGAAGCAACAUGGCGGCGACGGCGGCCGCGGUGGUGGCCGAGGAGGAUACGGAGCUGCGGGACUUGCUGGUGCAGGCGCUGGAGAACAGCGGGGUCCUGAACCGCAUCAAGGCUGAACUCCGAGCAGCUGUGUUUUUAGCGCUGGAGGAACAAGAAAAAGUAGAGAACAAAACUCCUUUAGUCAAUGAGAGCCUGAAAAAGUUUUUAAAUACGAAAGAUGGCCGGCUGGUGGCUAGUCUCGUUGCCGAGUUUCUUCAGUUUUUUAAUCUUGACUUUACCUUGGCUGUUUUUCAACCUGAAACUAGCACAUUGCAAGGUCUCCAAGGUUGAGAGAACUUAGCCCGAGAUUUAGGAAUUAUUGAAGCAGAAGGUACUGUGGGUGGACCCUUAUUGUUAGAAGUGAUCAGACGCUGUCAACAGAAAGAAAAAGGGCCGACCAGUGGGGAAGGUGCACUAGAUCUCUCUGAUGUACAUUCUCCACCAAAGUCACCAGAAGGAAAAACAAGUGCACACACUCCUCCCAGUAAAGCCAGCAGUGAUGCUAGUGAGAGUGAUACCAGGAUCUCGUCGUCAGAACCACGGAGCAAAAGUAGUCUUCCCUUACUGGCCCAUGAGACAAAACUUGGAUCCUUGUUAAGCAGCAGAAGUCUAGACGUCAAAGACAAAGCUGGCCCUUGUCCAGAUGAAGACGACAUGGAAGGAGAUUCUUUCUUUGAUGAUCCCAUUCCUAAACCAGAAAGAACUUAUGGUUGGAGAAGUGAGCCUGGCAAGCAGGCAGGAAGCCUUGCCGCGCUCUUGGACGUGCCCACCUUCAAAAGUGGACUCAGCUCCCUCACUGGAGCCCCCUCGCUGAAGGAUUCUGAAAGUAAAAGGGGAAACACAAUUUUGAAAGAUCUUAAAUUGGUCAGUGAUAAAAUUGGAUCACUUGGAUUAGGGACUGGAGAAGAAGAUGACUAUAUUGAUGAUUUUAAUAGUACCAGCCAUCGCUCAGAAAAAAGUGAGCUGAGUAUUGGUGAAGAGAUCGAGGAAGACCUCUCUGUGGAAAUAGAUGACGUCAAUACCAGUGAUAAACUUGAUGACCUCACACAGGACCUGACUGUGUCCCAGCUCAGUGACGUUGCGGAUUACCUGGAAGAUGUCGCGUGAGCAUGAGAGAAGGAAGUGUUCUAACCUGCGAAGGACAAAGGACUCUGAUCAGAUCCUUUUUUUUUUUUUUUUCCCAGACAAUCACUCUUUGCUGGAAUGUCUACUCCCUAUCGGUGCCUUGUGUUUCAAGAAGAUGACAGAUAUUUUUAAAAAUUAACUUUUCAUUACACUAAACAAAGUACUUCCUAUUUGAGCCCUUGUGUGGCAGAUUUAAUAUUCUUAACUUGGUUUAGCUCCAUGUUUCUCUCUGGAAGUUGAUCACGCUCAGAUUGACUACAAGGAGCGAGCCUAUGAAAUGCCAGUAUUCAGCACGUAGCGAGGGCAUCAGGAAAGCCGUAGGUUCACACGGCCAUGCAUGCGUGCCUGUGGGCCAGCUGCCGGGGUCAGGC